AGUCAUAUAUUGGGAAACUUGCAUUGUUUUAGUACCAUUUUUGUAUUUUUCCCAUUUAUUUACUACGUAUUUCCUUUAUUUCCCGGUGCUAUCAUGUCCUUCCUCCAUCGUGUCCUCCGUCGUUCACCGAACAUUUUCCCUUUAGAUUUUCUAUCGUGUCCUCCGUCGUUCACCUUCAAUUGAUGCUCCGAUUUCCUUGUAUUCGGCUUCCUUGAGAAAGUAAUUUGAACUACUUUGAGGACUUCAAAUCUUUCAUCAAAUUCCAUGGAAGAGGAGUAACACAUCGAAAUUAUGUUGAAACAUUGAUGCUUCAUACAACCAAAUGUAUGCUUUGUGCUCAUAAUUUAAUAUCCAAACACCUAAGUUGUAGAGAAAUUUUUAGUUUGUAGCAUGAUUCUACUGAGUUGUUGUUGUAGCACGAUAAAACUAAAUGAUACUCCGUAUAUAACUAGUCUAUUUGCAGGAGAAAUCCCUUCUUCUUUGGGGCUCUUGAGAAACCUUAAGUACUUGUGCCUCUGUGUGUGCAGAGAUGUUAUUUGCGCACUAUAGCUAUUGUUCUGAUUUCUACAGUGUAAUCUGGAACCUAUACUUUCAACAAUGCAAAUAUUGCCAAAUGAUAGUCGAGUAGAGGAUGGUUCUGAAACAGAGCCUAUCUUAACUCAUUCCAAUGUUGUAGAUGAAUCAUCACAUGCAAUUGAAAUUACAGUGAGUGAGGAUAGUUCUGCUAGUUCUGAUGAUUCAUCGAGUAUUGAGGUUGAUGGAAGUCGAUUGCUAUUUAAUGCAGAGCAACCACAAUGUCGUAUAUGCCUUGAUACUGAAGGAGAAGAUUUGAUUGCACCGUGUCAUUGUAAGGGAACCCAAAAAUAUGUCCACAGGGCAUGUCUUGAUAAUUGGAGAUCUACAAAGGAAGGCUUUGCUUUUGCUCACUGUACGGAAUGCAAGGCAAAGUUUAUAUUGCGGGCAAAUGUACCACCUGAUCGAUGGUGGUUGAGGUUGAAAUUUCAGUUUCUCGUUGCAAGAGACCACACUUUAAUUUUUCUUGUUGUCCAGCUGAUCGUAGCAAUUUUAGGAGUCCUUGUGUACAAAUUUUAUGGAGAGGAGCUGCGGGAAAUGUUUGGUUAUGAAGAACAUCCAUACGGAUUUUAUACAAUGGCAGUUUUGGCAAUUGUAUUGGUAGGAUUGCUUUAUGGCUUCUUCAUAGCGAUAAUUUGUGGACAGAAAAUCAGCGAGCGUCAUUACUACGUUCUUGCCAAACCUGAACUCACUAAGGAGUAUGUUGUAGAAGACCGGGAAGCAUUAAGCAAGAAUGUUCUAGAGCUUGACCCUAGCCAUGUGUCAGAGCUAAGAAUGCUGGGCCUUUAUUAAGAGGGAUAAGAGGCGAAAACACACAGAAAAUGUUGCAAUUCCAUUUUUUUUGCAGAGUUGGCCUUCUCAUGACAUGACUAUGGAGGGAAGUACUACCCCUCAUAGAACUUACAAACUACGGAGUAUAGAGUAUGUUUGUGCUCCAAUUCACUGUUGGCUUCUCAUAUGUAAAUUCGAAAUGCAUAUUUUAUGUUGUUCUUGCUCUAUACAGAAGCUCUUCUCCUCCAAAUAGGAGACACUGAACCUGUGUCUCUAUAUUUAAGGUUUUAAUGCUUCUAUUUUUUGUGUUGUAAUUUGAAAAUUAAUAUGUAUAACUGCU